GUCAGUUCCGGCCGGUUAUCUCGGCGCGGCCGCCUCUGGCAACGGUGAGUGAGCGGUGCGGCCUUUAACUCGCUCUUGGCACAAGCUGCGGGGGACGGGACGGGAGUUCUGAGCGACGGCGACCGCCGACUUUUGAAAUUUGAAGGAUUUACUCAGGCGACAUCUCCUUCGACUGAUAAUUCUCGUGGAUAAUGACAUUGGGUCUGACAUGCACAAUGGCAAUUUUCAAACAAGACAAUGUGGAGAAGUACUAUGAGAUGGGCGAAGAGCUAGGGAGCGGCCAGUUUGCCAUUGUGAGGAAAUGCCGCGCGAAAAGCACCGGUAUUGAGUAUGCGGCCAAGUUCAUCAAGAAGCGGCGCCUGUCUUCCAGUCGCCGAGGGGUGAGCCUUGAGGAAAUCGAGCGGGAAGUGAACAUUCUGAGGGAAAUCCAGCACCCAAACAUCAUCACUUUGCACGAUAUAUUUGAGAACAAGACUGAUGUUAUUCUGAUCCUUGAGCUGGUGUCAGGAGGCGAGCUUUUUGAUUUCUUGGCUGAGAAAGAAUCAUUGACUGAGGAGGAGGCAACUGAAUUUCUCAAACAGAUUUUGGAUGGUGUGCACUAUCUACACUCAAAGAAGAUUGCUCAUUUUGAUCUGAAGCCUGAAAAUAUUAUGCUUCUGGAUAAAAACGUUCCCAAUCCCCGUAUCAAGCUGAUCGAUUUUGGUAUUGCCCAUAAAAUUGAGGAUGGGAAUGAAUUUAAAAACAUCUUUGGAACCCCUGAGUUUGUUGCCCCUGAAAUAGUUAAUUAUGAACCAUUGGCUUUGGAAGCAGACAUGUGGAGCAUUGGUGUUAUCACUUAUAUUCUUUUGAGUGGUGCCUCUCCAUUCCUUGGUGAAACUAAACAAGAAACCCUAACAAACAUUUCUGCUGUGAACUACGACUUUGAUGAAGAGUACUUCAGUAACACCAGUGAACUGGCGAAGGAUUUCAUCCGCAGGCUUCUGGUGAAAGACCCCAAAAAAAGAAUGACCAUUGGUGAUAGCCUUGAGCAUCCAUGGAUUAAGGUGAUCAAGAGAAGGAAUGUGAGGCGGGAGGAUAAUAGCAAGAAACCAGAGCGCCGUAGACUGAAGACGACUCGACUCAAGGAGUACACAAUCAAAUCACAUUCCAGCAUGCCUCCAAACAAUACCUAUGUCAACUUUGAAAGAUUCUCCAAAGUCCUUGAAGAAAUCACUGCCGUCGAAGAAAGCAUUCAGGAGCUGGUGCGAAACAAGAAAUCCUUCAAGGAGGACAUUGAUGCUCUCGUUUCCAUUUACGAUGAGAAGGAAUCUUGGUAUAAGGAAGAGAAUGAAAGCAUCAGCCAAGAUCUUGGGCACAUUAAAAAUGAGUUGCGCAAGACAGAAACCCUGAGGAAACAGGCACAGGAUGAAGUCAAGUCAACCAUGUUGUCCACCAACAUCUUAAAGCGGAAAUAUACCAAACUAGAAAAUCGUUAUGAUGCAUUAACUGCAGAAUUGAAGUGGGUUGGGGAGCUCCUGAAGUCUGUAGAGCAGGAGGGAAUGCAAGGAGGGAUUGGUAACGACGGGCGACAUGGAGGAAUGCGCUAGGUGCCAUUACACUGAAAAACUUGAACCUCUGAGCUAGUUCAUCAAAUGGAAUUAUGCCACAUUGGGAGCUGGCUUCAGCUGCAAUUCACAAACUUUGGUGUCUGAGAUUCAGAACUGAUUGAAUCUUUAUUUCUAGUCCUCUUAUUAUGGGGUUUUGUUGAAUGUGAAUGAAAUUCACCUUGUAAUGGAUUCUCAAUCACACAAGCAGUGCAUGUUGCUUUUGACAUUGCCUUUGCUACACUUGUGUACCUCUAAUGAACCCCAUUUACUUCCCAUCACUAUUGACCAUCAUAACUCUAGAGGUCAUGGCCAUGCUUUAUUUCAACACUUCUAGAUUGUGAAUGGCAGAGUGGGCAUUGACGUUUGGAAAGAUGUUUUAUUUUGGAUAAGAUUCAAUUCCUCUUCACCCCUUCCAUCCUCCUUCCCCUGCCCCCCCAAAAAACUUCACCAUUAUGCACUAAGAUUUUAGUACAAAUUUGUAGCAAAGGAACACUAAGGAAAAUGUUAUUCUCACUUCCCCACUUUUAUCGAUACCUUUGUUAAAAUUAUUUGGAUCUUGUUGAAGGGAGUGGUGGCUGUGUCUAUCAACAGAUAAUCUAAGUGGAUAACUGGGUUACUGUCAGUGCUGACUCUUGUGAAGAGACCUUUCUCAUAAUUAGUGUAAAAUUGUUACAUAGACCAGAUUAGUGUUCCCUAUUUGCACGAGUUGACAUUCACUGGAGAAAUUUUCAGAAGACCUGUGUCAAUGAAUACAGUGAUUUUAAUGGGCACAGACAUGUGAAUUGAAACUUAUAUUCUCUGAGCAACUUUGUUCUUUGCAUUGAGGAGAUGAUGUUGGGUGUUUGGCAAAUCUCGUACUGCUCCUGUCUUAACUAAGUUAAAGGUGCAACUUUCAGGAGUCCAAUGGGCAGGUCUUGUAUUUCCUUUGAGACAUUCUGACUUUGGGUUUAUUUCAGUGGUGUGGACCAUUUUUAUUGCCUGCAGGUAAAUCUACUGUAUUUCUGGUUUGGGUGCCAUGACAAGGAUGUGGUGUUGUAAUUUGGGAAGAAUGAGAUGAAAUGGGACUUCUUUUGAAUCUCACUAGUGCAAUAUAUAUUCUUUUAAAUUGCUGCACAAAGACAUCAGGAAAACACGUUUUAGACAUUCACAUAGUUAUGGGCGGGUUUUGGUUUGAGUGGCAGAUUUCAUGUGCCUGUAGAUAGAAUUAAAGUCUUACCUGGCGUUCUACUUGAAGACGUGUUACAAAACUAACAACAGAGAUACCAGGCUCAAACUGAGUCAAGACUGCCCUAGAACCAAGUUUUGAACUGUUACAAGUGUCAAUAUAACGUGAAUAUUUGAUUUCAAACUAAAAGGGUCCUUCCACUUGUCCUGCAAACUCAGCAUUCACAAGUUAUUGAACCUAACUCAACCUCUUGCAGAUGACUGAGGUCUGUAGACCAUUUCACUAGUUUUAUUUUAUUUAAACCAAUUGGAAAGCUGUGUAUUCUAAUAAGGCAAACAUUGCUUAUUUGCAGAUUUACUUUAAGUUAUGUCAUGUAUAUCCAGGAGUUGCUCUUAAAACCUGACAUGAUGUCAGAUUUAAUUGCAAUGAUACUUGCCCUCUCCAAUCCUCUCCCACUUCCGCCGCCGCCUCUGCCAAACCAGCUACAUGCAAAUAGGUCUUCAGGAUCUUAAAUAUAAUGCAUGUCAUUGUGAAGUUCAGGAUUAUCCCUCCUGUUUGUGAAAGGAAUGGCCACCAAAUAGAAACUUUCUAAUGCCAGCUCAAAAUUUGGUGUAAUUUUUACUAAAGAGUUUGAGGAUUACUGUUGCGCAAGUUGUGUUAAAUUAGGUUCAGUGAGGUUUCAUUGUGCCAGAGGAUCCAUUGCAGUCUAUGGUACCGUAUUAAUUUCUCUGAAACUGCUGCUGCCUCUUCCUCCACCGCCAUGAUCCCUUGUACCAUUUGCAGCUAAAGUAUUUCACUGGGUCUUUGCAUUCCAAUUUUGAUACUGCAAUAUUGUCUUAAUCAAAUUUAAAUUAAAUGUAACCAGAAUUAAAUGUAACAUUAUUUUCUUUGAGCUUUGUUAUAAGGAAAGUUACAUUUUUGUUUUUGUUGUAAUGUGUAAAGAGUUCCUAUGUCAUGCACCAUGCGACUUCACGUUGAUCUAGUCUUAAUGCUAAGUUGAAAUGUCCAGUUAACACUAUUUACGUUAAGUGCAUUACUUCCCAUGCAAUAAUAAACAUUAAAAACAUUUCAAGGCUUUCCAGUUAGGAAAUUAAUUUUGUUAAUUGGUUUGAAACCCCAAUUCACUUGGGCAUUAACUAUUCUCGGGCUGUUUGGGUACAAUACUAUUCCUAUAGCAAGGCAUCCAAGUGUAAAAAAUCCACUGAACAAUUAAAUACUAUGCUCAUAUAGAUCCACUCUGAUCACGUGAUUUGUUUUUGCUUCAAGCAGAUUUUGUAAUACUUUGCUUUUAGUCCUGUUACGUAUUCAGGACUUAUUUGCAUUGUCAGUAAGAUUGCCAUGUCAUUUUGCCAUGAUGCAUAAUAGAGAGAAAACGCUUCACUACGUUCUGAUGGUCAAAUGUCAGGAUUUGCUUUUCCCUACCCUAGAAUAUAUUUAGCAAAAUAUGAACUUAUUCUGUGAGCUAGAUCAUUAUACAAUCCAUUAUGCAAACCAAUCUUAUUGCUUUAAGACUUGAAUCUUAAACAGUGGAUGAGACAGAUGCUGGACAAAAUGUACUAGUAAAGUGGUUGCACUCAAUGUUUGCAUUUUAAGUAUUACAUUGUGUCGACACACAUUUCAAAACCCAUGAUUGUUCAGCUGAGCACUCAAUGCACUUUUAAAUAUUCUGCUUAUUUAUCAAUUGGCCAUACCAAUUUUUAAAUACAAUGCAUUUCUGGAGAAUAUCAAACAUGUGGUUUAGAUGGCACAGUUGGACACGGGUACAUCUUCAACCAACAUGAACAGAUUCAAAUGAGUUGAAUGUGCCAACUGUGUCCCCCCCCCCCCCCCCCCCAGUUCAGGAGAAUUGUAGCAUAACAAUGAUUGUUCAGUCUUAGAUAGAGCACUCAUAUUUCGCAUUACUCGCCCAUUUCUGUGGAUCCUCUCCCCAACACGACGACCAUUGUUGCAUUGCUGACUGUGGAAACUUGUAUACAAAUUGGCUGCUGCAUUUUCUACAUUGCAGCACUCACUAAAUUUGUACUCCUGUCUCUCACCUAUUGUUUAUCCUGUAAUCCAACCUCUGCAAUAAAAUGGAGUACACUAGCAAGCUAACAGCUUAUCAACUUAGAGCUGAGCACAGUAGUGACAAUGUUUAAUGUGAUUUGAAUUUGGAUGAACACUGCCUUGCAUUACUUUAGCUUGUGACUACAGUUUACUAUUUAUGGCACUUUGUGCAACAAUUCCUGGCACUACUUGCAGGUACAGCAAGUCUUACUGUGGGAUAAUGUUUAAACUGUCCAGGGGUAUGUUAAAUGAUUUUGGUUAUUCAUAAGUAGUUGUUUGUCCUGUUCCAUUUUAAGCUGAUUGUUUUGGUACAGCAAAGAUAAGUUCUUUGGAAUGACUUUUUCAAACUGACAUUGUACGCCAUUCCGUACAGAACUCCGGAGAUUGAGAAUUAGGAAGUCAUAACGAGAGUUCAAAAGACUUGAAAUGUACAUUUCCACUGAAUAUACUCCAUUCUUACAGCACUCAAUAAAGUAUGGGAAUUGGAGUUGUGGUUAUUUAGGCGAAAAAUACACCCUUUCCACCAACUACUCAAAAUGAGUAUUGGAGUCUGCUAGAAAUAUUUCUUGCCUCAUACUCAUAGACCGCCCAACACACGUGAAUAAUAAGGGCAUGGAAAAGGAAUAAUGUUGCACAGCUCUCCUGAAAUUCAUUUCAGGCAAUUCAGUUAUCUGUUCUAUAUAUCUGGAACCUCACUGACGUGAGCUUACAUUAUUCACCAAACAGCCCCAUUUCUGGCUUAUACCUUGCGUGAAUGUCAGGAGAAUUAAAAAUAAGCAUUGACCCUGGAGAGGACAUGCACAAUUUAUUUCACACCAGCCAUCUUCCAGAUUUGAAGAAUGUAAUCUUAAUGGGAUGGAAGUAUAGCAUGUGUUUAGAAGAACAAAAUUUAUACGAUUCUGAAAGAAAAUGUGGGCCAACCUUUAACCAAACCAGCCUGAGAAAAUAUCUGUAAAUUAGUGCACAUAAUUAAACUAUUUCACGCACUGUGAGAGGCUAAGCCUUUCCAAACCAACAAAAUAUGCUGCAAAAUAUUAGCCUUUUUAUGGGCUGUUGUUUGAUCCAUCAUGCCUUUGGUGUUUGUACUCCAAAUUGUCCGAUUUCAUCAAGCAUUAUCAAUGUGACCUGUUCCUAUCUUACAGUAAUUGGCAUCCUUUUUAAAUAUACAUCUCAUGGUGUUAACCACUCUGUGGAACAGCAAGUUCCACUUCCUGAGCUUUGAACUUUCAUACAAAUGCAAUCUAUUAAAUUCCGAGGUAUUUAUAUUUGAAGGAUAAUUUGAGUAAAAUAUUUUUUUAAUCGUCUACAUGUAUUUGCUUCAGAGAAGAGGUUAAAACUUGAGGUUCACCAAUUUAAAGUCAUUUUCAGUGGGUGCAAUGCCUCACUUUGGGGUAAGUGGUUACCCUACCUGUAUUUGGAUGCUUGUUGCUACCUGGUUUCCUCACCUGACCACUGGAUCCUGUUUUUUACUAUUGUGGUGCAACUGAACUCAUCAGUAUAUUGUUUCAAGAAGCUUGAGUUAUAUGAGAAAAGCUAUGGUAUGUUUUUAAUAUAGUUAAGCUGAUUAAUGAAAGAUGCCAUACUUUUGUGGGGCAAGGUGGGAGAGGUUGAAGUCCAUCUUUUAUUUAUCAAGUGUUGUAUUUGCCUUAACAUUGCAAUGGUUCCACUGUUUUCUAAUGCAUUUGGUAAUUAUCUAUUAUAGUCCACUACUAUUAUGCAUAUGAUGCAUGUAUUUAAAACACUUCUAAUAUUUUUUUGUAAUCUUUGAGCAUUCAUUGCUUUUUGUUUAGUCUUCUCACACACAAAUAUCUUAAUGCUGUUAACAAAGGAUUUUAUAACCAUACAAUUUAAGGCGAUCAAGGCCUGUUUCUUUAACAUUUAUAAUAAACUUUUUAAACCAA